GGCUGCUGACAUUUAUGCCAUAGUCCACAAUAGAUGUCAUCAGGGCCUGAUAAAUGUUAAAGCCAGGCCUGUCUAGUAAAUCACCAUUGUUACAUUUGCAUUUCACUUUAUACAUGCACACCAAGAAACCUUAUGCCUCAAGAUGCAGCAACACUUCCCUACAAUUUCUUAUGUAUAUACAGUACUGUAAAUUCCUUCCUUUAAUCCACAAAGCAAUCUGCAUACAGAUAUUUUAAAAUACAAUUUCCAUUGUUUUACAAUGUGUAAAAUCUGUAAAGUUGUACAAUCUGUAAAACGGCUGUUAAAUACAGUGGCAACACCACCAAUUUGAAUUAUAUAUUUAUAUUUACUCUUGAACUUUGUCUGGGCUUUAUAAAUAAAUAAAUACAAUUUAAAACAAAACACCUGAAAGUCAUGAAAAUGCAUAUAUAUUUGAUAAUGCAUUAAUUGUCAAAAAGUAUCGGUAUCAAUAUCGGUGAUACUGGUCCAGUAUUUACUUGGUAUUGGUAUUAUCCACUCCAGAGUUUGCAGUAUUGCCCACCCCUAGUUUGGGCUUCUCUGGCUGUGUGGACAUCUUACAGAGUAUGAAGUAUGUUAACCCUGCAGUUACAACACUUAACCUUAGCUUGAUUUUCAAUUUUUUAAUAUUUAUGUUCACCAGCACAUCAAUUGCACACUCAAAAAAAAAGAUUCUACUAAAACAUAUUUUUAGUAUUAUAUACAGUAGAUGAAAAAUCGGAUUUUAAGUGAUUAUGUGUUUUUUUUAAAUAAACAUGGUCCUUAAAUGAAUAUUCUCAAAUAUAUACUGUACAUAAAAACAUCAAAUAACCUUUACUUGAAAUAUAUAAAACAGGUUGGUCAGUAUACACUCUAUAAAGUAAUCAUAAAACCUAGACUUUAUGUAAUUAAAUCACAUGUAAAUGUUCUAUGUAAUUUUAUCACAUAAAUACCAGGUAGGAGGUGACAUUUAAUGUAAAGUCUUUUAGUCAGGUUAGGGUUAUGCCAUUAAAUUACAUAACUUAAGAAUAAAGGAUUAGUGAGGCAGGUGGGAAAGCACCUGACUAAUUUGUUGCUACAGUUUGCCAUAUCUCGUCCAUGCCCAGUCCAGUUCAGCAGCUUGAAAAGAACACAUGCUUAAGUGAGAAAUUUAAGGUGUCAGGUGAACUUGGAAGUAAUGCACUGCUAGUAGUGCAGGGUGACACAGAUAAACGGGAACUUUGAAUGGGAACUUUUGAGGUACGUAGUAGUAGCCAUGUACAGUUGGCAGCAAGGGAACUGCAAGUUGUAGUGGUUCAAUUACUGUCAAGAAUUUUUUUGUUGUUGCCUGUAUUCUAUUUAUAUUUGUUCGCCAAAAGUUCCUGUUAUUCUGUGUCACCCUGUAUUUUGUUAUUUCACUUUUUAUGCUGACAGUCUACUUGAAUAUCUAAUUUCCUGGUUUACUCAACUGUGACUAAUCUGACAAUAUUUAAUUACUAUGUUUUAAAUUUUACACCUUAAUUUGAAUACAUUGUCAAAAAUAAAAAAUAAAAACAUUAUAUUUUUCCAGUAUGAAAAAUAUGUCCAAAUUGACUUAAAUGAUGAAAUAUAAAAAAAACAGACAUAAUUCCUUGACUAACCAGGGUAUAAUCAAAACAAGUCCUAUGUGAAUGUCUUUUUGUCGUAGGUGCAGUUUGGGAACAAUGCUACUGGCCUGUCUUACAUAUCAACUUUCCACACUCCUACUUGCCCGAGGUCAAAAUGCGUGCAUCAAACACUCCACAUUCAGAGAGCCAGCUAACUCAGACAUUGAGGUGUUCUGUGGCUCUCAGACGGUAGAGCUGGAGAUCCUCCUGUGCCCCAUCAUUUACCUUGAAUACAAUGAGUCCAUGUUGGCCCUCAACUCACAGUUCUCUAUGGACAAGUGUAAAGGAACACCUGACUGGGUAGUAGAUCCACCUGUUAUCAGAUUCAGAUUCUUCAUCACAGAGAAAGCUAUUGCCUUCUGUUCCAGCAAAUUGACAGUCAUUGAGGAGGUGGGAACUGGAGUGUUUUCAGACAUCUCUAGUGUCCAGUUCAUCAACAUCUCAGGCACGGUUCGCUCACAGGACCUCAACACAGCAAUCGUCAACUAUCAGCAAGACCUGGCAUACAAGUUUUCCUGCCGAUAUCCACUUCAGUACCUUAUGGACAACACUGACAUACAGGUGGCUGAGGUCAAUCUGGCAGUCAAAGACAGUACUGGAACGUUCGUCAGUGCACUGAGCAUGCAAAUCUUCUCGGACAGCUAUUACAUCGACUUGCUGCAGAUCCCUCCAGAAGGCCUGGAGGUAAGGACCAGGAUCUAUGUUGAAGUAAAGGCGUCAAAUCUCACCAAGAGAUUCAAUCUGCUCUUGGACCAUUGUUAUGCCACACCCUUACCCUUUGCCUACAACAUCACAGGACACGAUCUCUUUGUUGGGUGUGACCGUGAUUGUGAGACAUUAAUAAUAGUCAAUGGAGAGCAACAGGAAGCACGCUUCUCAUUUGAAGCUUUUCGUCUUCUUCAAAACCAAGGUCCUGUUUCAACCUACUACAUACAUUGUGCCACCAGACUUUGUGUAAAGACCAUCUGCCCUGACCUUGUGGAGAAUUGCACUACCGACUCUACCUUGAGGAAGGUUCGCAGUAUUACUAGCAAACACAUCACCACAGUGACUGACACUGCCACUGUCAGUUCAGGCCCCAUCACUAUCCGCCCAGACGAUGGCAAUCUGGUGGCAUCUGAGAGCACGCAGACACUGCAGACAGAAACUCCAAAGGCUUUCAUGAACAGUAUCUUGCUGGCUGUGUCACUCAUAGCAGGCACCAUCGGAACUAUCUGCCUUAGUCUGUUGGCUUUUGUUGUUUACAUGUCCCAGUCCAAUGUUAACCCUAACACAAUUUUGUGCCCCCCAAAAUGACAGAAGGUCAGGACUUACAAUAUACAAAUUACAAUAUAUCUGACAACACCUCAGUAGCAAAUGAGAGGCCAUGGUCACAGAUCUGCGUGAGAACAUCCACAUUGAUAAUGCUGCCAGAACUGUCACUAAUGUUUUUUUUUUUUAUCUUGCCUGGACAGCUUUGGAAUUUAACAAUACAUCAAUGUCCCCACUCACUCUAAAGGACACAUAUUGCAUCUGGUUUGCUGCACUGGAAUCAUUUCUGCUGACAUUCCCUUCUCCAACCAUACAGUAUGCUCAUAGCUUUUAAUGUUAACUACUAUCAACAAUCACCACACCACAGACUAUACCCUAUCGCGACAUUAAGGACAUUAAUAUGGACAUGCUUUGUGAUGGCAUUAACUGCCUAAUAUAAACUAUCUUUCCACUCUAAAUGAACAGGUCUCCGACUACAACAAUAGUCUACACAGUGCUUGCUUAUAAAUGUUAAAAAACCCUUCAUUUUGUGGACUCGUAAGUAAUUGGACAAUUGAUUUCUAUGCUAUUGAAAACAUGGUCUGUGUCUGCGCAGUACACUGAGUCAGACUGUGUGCAGGUGUUAAUGCUGCAGGUUUUGCACAGUAAUGGUAAUAAAAAAAUUAAAGUUAUCUUACCUAAAGGUGGAUGUGGCGUGAAGGGUGGCCAAAGUAUCACUGAAGAAUAAACCUCCUGACACUGUUUUCAGUUACUAAUAGGAAGUUUUUACAUCAAACAAGUGACCUGUAUUGACGUCGAAGACAGGAUGUACUUUGGGGGCGCUUAGGUUCUUUGUGCAACAGGAAUUAAUACCAAGGCCGGUAAAUUAUUUACCAAGAAGCCACCAAUCUGCUACCAGCUUCAAAUCUGACCCCAACCAUGCUGUUCAUUAAAAUGAACGGAUCAUGCUUCCUUGAGACAAUGUUAGUGACUGUAGCUGCAUUUGGGCAUCACUUGUACACUGAUGAAAUAAAAAUGUUUUCUGUUGACAUAUGUCA